UUUUGAACUACAACCUUAUACGGUUCUACAUAUUUGUUAUUUAUUUGUUAGCAAAUAAUGGCAGCAGAUAACUAUCGAUUUGCAGAAGGCGAUAGUUUGCUAUGUUAUCAUGGACCAAUGCUGUAUGAAGCAAAAUGUUUAAAAAGAAGGAAGGCAAAUGAUGGUAAAGCACAAUAUUUUAUUCAUUACAAAGGGUGGAAUAGUAAAUGGGAAGAAUGGGUAGACGAUAAUCGAGUAUUAUCUGUUAAUGCUGCCAACAUGAACAAAAUGGCAUCAUUAAAAGAAAUACAUUCAAAUACAAAAAAGAGUGGAGGAAAACGUUCUAUCACUAUAGUCAAAGAAGAAAUAAUACGUAAUGUUGUAACGCCUCCAAUCAAAGGGAAAAAACGGAAAUAUUCAGAAAUUUCGUCAGAAUUAAAUCAAAGUGUGAAUGUYCCRUCUCCAWCAGAKCCAAAACAAAAAAAACGAGGUCGUCCUCCAAAAAUCAUUACUUCUAAAAUUGAAGAAUCURAAGUAACAAAAUCAGUUGAUAAAUCUAUAGUAACUGAGAAUGAUGUAAUAACAGAGUCAGCUGAAUCAAUUGAAGAAAACAAAGUGAUUGACAAAAUAAAUAAACAAGAUAUUACUAAAAAACAAGAUAAUGCUAAAAAACAAGAUACUACUAAAAAGCAAGACACCGCUUUAAUAUUAGACACUCCUAAAAAAGACAAUACUCUUAAAAAAUAUAAUACUACAAAAAAAGAAAACGCUCUCAAAAAAGACGAUAAUCCUAUAAAAGAAGACAUUAUUAACARAGAUGCUACACCUAAAAAAGAARACGCUCUUAAAAAAGAAGACACUCCUAAAAAAGAAGACACUCCUAAGAAAGAGGAUACUCCCAAAAGAAAAGACGCUCUUAAAAAAGAAGACACUCCUAAGAAAGAAGAUACCUCCAAAAGAAAAGACGCUCCUAAAAAAGAAGACACACCCAAAAAAAAAGACGCUCUCAAAAAAGAAGAAAUUCCUGAAAAAGUAGGGGUAAUUAAAUCAAUGAACGAAGCAACUGAAGACAUUUUAGAUACUAAUGAUGUGGAAGUUAACAAAAAUAUUGAAGCUGCUAAAGAAAAGAAAGAAAGAACUAAAACUGCUGAUGAAGAAAUUAAAGUACACGUGGAAGUCGAAAAUGCUACUGAAGAACUUGAAAAAACUAAAACUGUUGAAGUACGUGAGGGAUCUAAAGCCAUUGAAGAAAUUGAAACAAUUAAAGAAGUCGAAGGAUCUGAAAAAGAUGAAAAAAAUGAAGACGUUGAAGAAUCUGAAACUGAAAAUGUUGAAUCCAUUGAAGUUUCUGAAGCUGAAGAUCAUGAAGCUCGAGAUCUUGAUGCUGAAGACCUUGAAGCUGAAGACCCUGAAGGUGAAGAUCUUGAAGCUGAAGAACUUGAAGGUGAAGAUUUUGAAGGUGAAGAUUUUGACGCAUAUGAUGGAAAUCAAGAAUAUGAAGAAACUGAUGUAGAUGAAGAAACUGGAUCGGAUGAUUCCUCAUAUGAUGGUGAAGAAUGUAGAGAAGUUAUGAGAAAGAUAAUUGAAAUUCAUAUGAAGAUGGACAAAGCUAGAGAAGAAGCUGAAAUGGCAGCCAGUAUUGAAGGAACAGAUGUUACAUUUACUGUCCCAGCWCCAGUUAUACCARAAAUCAAURUACCRGAURUCAUAAGAAACAGAAUUGCUUUUGAUUUUCAUAUGGUUAUGCACAAUAAACGAUUUGUAAAAUUCACAAAAAAACUCACUAUUGAUCGUUUAAUACAAGAUUUUAAUAAUUCAGAUCCAGAAGCAAUUUUUAGCAAUUCAUCCAUUGGUUUAACGAUCAUACAGUACUUUAAUGCUCUUAUACAUUCACGCUUAUUGUAUCCACCAGAGAAAGAAAAUCGUAUGUGUAAAAAGGCAGCAGAAUGUUUGAAAACCUAUAUAGAUGAUGGUGAAGCAUUUACUGUAAAUGAUUUCUUAUAUCCUAGAAAAUUUUGGCAUUUGGUGUAUGGACCUUCAUAUCUAAUACGAUUAUUUGAAUUAACUGAUUUAGUAGAAAAUUUAGACGAUAUUGCCGCGGAAAUAUUUAGUGAAGGCGAUAAUAAAGAAAUAAAAAACGACCCAAUAACUAGCGAAUUGUUAAAUAAUAGUUUAAGAUUAAUUAAUAUAGAAGCAUUUGAAAAUAGUCUUGCUACUAGUACAACUCGUACAGGUCUACGAAGCAGUGAAGUUAUAAAAUCUUUAAGCGCCAUCGACGCAAUUAAAUUAAUUUCCACCUAUUCAGGGCAAACUGAGAUAUACCCAUUUUUCAGUGCAUGCGAGGUAAUAAUAAAUACAGUGGGUGCGGAACAACAUCCUUUUAUGUUAAAAAUGAUAGCGGCUACCAAAUUAACUGAUAGGGCUUUUAACGUAACAAGGUAUCGAGAAAUAAAGGAAUGGGGAUAUAUGAAAAAGUUAUUACUAGAUGCAUUCGAAACCCCAUAA